AUGAAACAGGACUCCGCGCCACAGAACAGGAAUGAAUGUGCCUUGUGCAAACAGGAAUUCGGUCGCCUGAUCAACUUACCUCAUAUCUGUUCUGAUUGUGGCCGUUACGUGUGCUCAGCCUGUUCUGUCGAACUGCCUGUCCGCAUGACUCAUCAGUCCAAGUUUGUAACGGGGAAUCGUACUUGGGUACCGAUCACCUCGAGCACCACAUCACUCAACCUCACCCCGAUACGAGGAUUUAUGCCAGCAGGCCGGACGCGUCAUACAUCUGAACACCUGUCAGACACAAGUGGUCGGGGGACGGGAACUGGACCGUUUCGUGUCUAUCUACCCAAUACGGGUCGUCCGAAUUCGGCCAGUUUGAUCAGCAGUGGACAGCAAUGGAUUGAGCAACUUCGAUGGCGACAUCGAAGCAGACAGGAUGGUACUCAGACGGCCGUGUGUAAGAUAUGCCGUGAAGCGCGCGAGAUUUGGAAACGAUCCGGUGCAUGGUUCUAUAAAACUCUCCCUCGAAGUCAAAUGGCCAGCUGCCCGACAAGUCCAACCGGAUUGACCCGUACCCCGGCGCAUGCGAACAGUCCAACCGAUUUGGUUGGGCCUUCGCAACCGUUGAGCGAGACGGACAAUAAUGAGUGGGUCCAACUGCAACCUCGAAGUGAGCGCUCUGUUUGUGACCGAAAUGGUAAUUUCUGCAAACAAUGCGUGACUGCUCAGCCUCAUACUGUGUGCACGAUACGCGAAACUGACUUCAACUCAUUCAUUGUGAGAUAA